CAGCCCUCAGUCGCUCGGCCAUCUUGGGUGAGGGAGGACCUCGUGCGCGCUCCUCCGAGGGACAUUCCUCCUGCUUCCGCCACCGAACUCGUUUCUUCGCCUCCGGCCGCGCAAAUUUCGUCUCCGGGGCGUCGGGGAGGAGGACAGGCGCCAAAAAGGUGUGGGAUUAGCUAGCCAAAAUGUCGGACAGCGAGGCAAGCUACCACUCCGACUCUGACCAUGAAAAGUCCAGGGGAGGAAGUGAUAGUGAGGGAGAGCAGCGCAGGAGUCGCAGCCGAAGCAGGAGUGGCAGUCGCAGCGUGAGCAGAGGCCGCAGCCCCAGCAGAAGCAGAAGUCGCAGUGCCAGUGGCAGUCGGAGCCGGAGCCGCAGCAGAUCUGGGAGUAGGAGUCGGAGUAGGAGCAGAAGCAGGAGUCGCAGCAGAAGCCGCAGCCGUAGCAGGAGUAGAAGCAGGAGCAGAAGUAGGAGCAGGAGCAGAAGUAGGAGCAGGAGCAGGAGCCGAAGCCGUUCGGUGAGGUCUGAUGAGGCAGAAGAGGCAAGGAGCGGCGAGGAAGAAAUCAGCGGAGAUGAAGAGCCGGCGGACGGGGAGGAUCUGGCCAACUCGGAGUAUGACAGUGAGGAGGAUGAGGAGGAUGACCGCCAGCCUAAGAAGAAGAAGAAGAGAGGAAUGGUGUCCGACUAUUUCCUGGAAGAGGCUGAGGUGGACGACGAUGAAGGAGAGGAUGAUGAUGAGGAUGAGGGAGACUACUAUGAUCUACUGGGGAACGAGAAGGAAGAAGUGGGUGUUACAGCCAGGGAGAUUGAAGCAAACCGCCGUGCUCACAGUGUCUGGGACAAUGAACGAGAGGAGGAGAUUGAAGAAUACUACCGUCGCAAGUAUGCCGAGGAAUCGUCAGCUGCCAUGCGCUUUGGUGAGGGAGGCGAAGAGAUGAGCGAUGAGAUCACGCAGCAGACACUCUUGCCCGGUGUGAAGGAUCCCAACCUUUGGAUGGUCAAGUGUCGCAUUGGUGAGGAGAAGAUCACCUGCUUGCAACUGAUGCGCAAAAUGAUUGCUUACCAGUUCACGGAGGAGCCGCUGCAGAUCAAAUCCGUGGUGGCUCCAGAGGGUGUGAAGGGGUACCUCUACUUUGAGGCCUACAAGCAAACCCAUGUCAAGGCAGCAAUGGAAGGCGUGUCAAACCUCAGGCUGGGGACAUGGCAGCAGACCAUGGUGCCCAUCAGUCAGAUGACAGAUGUGCUGCGUGUGGUGAAGGAAGUGCCCACUUUGAAGCGUGGAGCCUGGGUCAGACUCAAGAGAGGUAUCUUCAAGGAUGAUUUGGCGCAGGUAGACUACGUUGAUGCUUCACAGAACAAUGUUCACCUGAAGCUUAUCCCACGUAUUGACUACACCCGCAUGAGAGGAGCAUUAAGAUCUAGCCAGUCCGACAAUGACCUCAAGCGAAAGAAAUUCCGCCGCCCGGCACAGAAGCUCUUUGACAUCGAUGCCAUCAGGGCCAUUGGUGGGGAAGUUACGCAAGAUGGUGACUUCCUCAUCUUUGAGGGCAACCGUUUCACGCGCAAGGGAUACCUGUACAAGACCUUUGCCAUGUCAGCUAUCAUGGCGGAUGGUGUCAAGCCAACACUUAGUGAACUGGAGAAGUUUGAGGAGCAGAGUCUGGCAGAUAUGGAGCUCACUACCUCUAAUCGUGAGGAUGAAGGGCACAGCUUCGCACCCGGGGAUAAUGUUGAGGUGUGCGAGGGUGAAUUGAUGAACUUGAUGGGCCGCGUCACACGUGUUGAUGGCAACAAGAUCACUAUCUUACCCAGGCACGAAGACCUUAAGGAUGAGCUUGAGUUCAUGGCUCACGAGUUGAAAAAGUAUUUCAGCCAGGGAGAUCACGUGAAGGUGAUUGCCGGCCGCUACGAGGGAGACACUGGGCUUAUUGUCCGUGUAGAGGAAAACAUGAUUGUCCUCUUCUCUGACUUGACUAUGCACGAGCUCAAGGUCUUGCCUCGAGAUCUCCAGUUGUGUGCGGACGUAGCAACAGGUGUGGACUCCCUUGGACAAUACCAAUGGGGAGACCUGGUGUCGCUAGAUGCUCAAACUGUUGCUGUCAUCGUGCGGCUGGAGAAGGAGAACUUCCAGGUUCUCAACAUGCAUGGCAAGUUGGUUCAUGUCAAGCCCCAGGCUGUGCAUAAGAAAAAAGAGAACCGCAGAGCCAUGGCCCUUGAUUCAGAGCAGAACACCAUUCAGGUCAAAGAUGUCGUUAAGGUUAUUGAUGGUCCACAUUCGGGUCGUCAAGGUGAGAUCCGUCAUUUAUAUCGCAACUUUGCCUUCCUCCACUCAAAGAUGAUGAUUGAGAAUGGUGGAAUUUUUGUGUGCAAGACAAGGCACUUGGUUCAGGCUGGUGGUGCAAAGUCCUCAGGUGGAGGCCUGGGAGUGGGUGGAAUGGGCAUGGGCACGGGAUUCAUGUCCCCUCGCCUCAGCUCCCCUGCGCACCCUGCUGGCGGUGGAGCGCCUGAGCGAGGGGGUGCAGACCGUGGCUUUGGGGAUAGGAACCGUGGACGUGGACGAGGGAGAGGCAUGGGACGUGAUCGCGGUAUCAUUGGACAGACUAUUAAGAUCACACAAGGACCAUACAAAGGUCAUGUUGGUAUUGUCAAGGAUGCCACUGACACAACUGUGCGUGUGGAGCUCCACUCCAAGUGCCAGACCAUUAUUGUGGACAGAUCCCGUGUGGCAGCUGUGGGGGCCACUGCCAGGUCUGGAUCAGUCACCUCCUAUGCCCGCACUCCUACCUGGGGCGGCUCAGCUACUCCUAUGUAUGGCAAUACUGGUUCACGCACCCCGAUGUAUGGCUCACAGACUCCGCAGUACGAAGGGUCUCGCACACCUCAUUAUGGCAGCAUGACUCCAUCACACGAUGGUUCAGCAACUCCUGGGAGACAAUCGGCAUGGGAUCCAAACAUCACCAACACUCCUGCAAGGACUUCAGAAUUCGAUGAGUACUCCUAUGAUGAUGCCUCACCUUCCCCGGCUUACAAUCCUGGUACUCCAGGCUACCAGUCUGAUGCAGGCCAGGGUCCAUACACCCCUCAGACCCCUGGCACAGUGUAUAGCUCAGACCACAACUACAGCCCAUACCAAGCUGAGCCCUCGCCCUCAGGAUACCAGCCUGGUGGAAGUCCUGCUGGAUAUGUUGGAACCCCAAGUCCAGGUGCAGGAUUCCAGGGCUCCCCUUCACCUGGGUCAGGUUAUGCUUCUCCCUCUCCUCUGGCCUCGUACAGCCCCAUGACGCCUGGAGCUCCUUCCCCCUACAAUCCUCAGACACCAGGAGCAGGCCUAGAUUCUCUCAGCAUGCAUGACUGGCAGACAACGGACAUUGUGGUGAAGAUCAAGGUGACCCACGAUGACUCUGGUCUGAUUGGCCAGACAGGUGUUAUCCGCGGAGUCUCUGGUGGGAUGUGUUCAGUGUUCCUGCCAGAGGAGGAGCGAGUUGUCAAUAUUCUCGGGGAGCACCUGGAACCUGUGGAUCCUGACCAGGGUGAUCGGGUCAAGGUAAUCUUUGGUGAAGAAAGGGAACAGACAGGGAACCUCCUUUCCAUUGACCACAGUGAAGGGGUGGUGAAGCUGGACCAUGCUGAUGUGAAGAUGUUGCAGUUGCGCUACUUGUGCAAGAUGAAAUAAACGUCAGUAUGCCUGUGAGUGCAAGCUUUUCUUGCUGAUGCCAUGAAAGAGGCAUGACCCCUCCCAUCCCCCCCUUUUCUGCCUAAGGCUAAAAGAUGUAUGUAGGUCUAUAUAUAUGAGAGUAGUACUUUUAUUUUUAAAGCAAGCACAUUAAGCCUUGCUAGAUUUGUGUGUCUGCAGGUGGCAGGUUGGCUGAGCUCCAGUCAUAAUAAAUGUAAAUUAAAUUAUGUAUUGGAAGUAAAAGAAUGUCCCUCAAUUGUUGAGUGAAUUGGAUAGGUACCAGAAUGUCAGAGAGCCAAGAUUUAAUGCUUUGAUAGAGUAAGUUACAUAGUUUCAUUCACAUUUCCAUGUACAUCCAUGCAAGUAUCAUGUUUUCAUACAUACAUCUGAUUAUAGAGUACAUACACAGAUAUGAUUGGGAGUACGUGUAUUGUGUAUUGCAGAAUUUAAGUCAGUGCUGUAAUGUUUGGUGAAUGAGAGAGCCUCGAAGUUAUUAUUAUGUUCCAUAUGUCAAGUGUGACAAGGAGCGUGUUGUCUGUUGAUAAUUUAAGCAAAUCAACACAUUUAUAUCCCUUAAUUUCAGAAAUGUUAAUUUCUAAACUGCAUAAUAUUACAAGUGUUUUUAGUGGUAUUACAUUUGAUAUAAUAAAUAUCUGGAUUCAUUCUUUCUAAGCGUGUGUAGGCAUGUAUUCACCUAAAACGAAUGUGAUAUUCUAAGGCCUGGUUUUAAAAAGUUAUCAGGAAGACAAAACUGCUUGUGUCUCUUAUUUUCAUAAUAUCAUAUAGUUUUCUUUUAUUAUCACUAUAUAACAAAAACAAAGAGAAAUAUUGUGUUAUAUUUAGAGAAGAAGGGUUUCUCUGUAUCGUUGUGAGGGUAACAACAAUGCAAGGCAAAGUCAGGUGGGAGUACCUGUACAAUAAAAUAUUUUAUACACAGGAACUGAUUAUCAUUUUUGGAUGUUUUCUCCACCAUGUCAAGCAGAGGAACUACUUCAGACACCAUCUGCAUCCCAAGUCACAAUGCCAUUGGCCAUCUUUAUUUGAUAUAGAUGUAUGAAUCACACGUCAUCUACUGUAUAUUUAACAGUCUCAUGUUGAAAUUUUGUAAUAAAUGAGAAAAUGGAAUCAUUGUUGAUUGACUUAA